CCUCUUAAGUAAACGAGCGCGGGGUCCCGGGCCGGGAGUGGGAGCGAGCGACAAUGUCCUCCCCGCAGGUCCAGGAGGACAAGCAGGGCGAUGGCGAUGGCGACGGCGGCCCGGGGGACCUCCGCAGCGUCCUGGUCACUAGCGUGCUUAACCUUGAGACGCUGGACGAGGAUCUUUUCAGAGGCACCCAUCACUGGGUCCCCACCUCGCAGCGGCUGUUUGGGGGGCAGAUCGUGGGCCAGGCCCUGGUGGCGGCUGCCAAGUCCGUGACUGAUGAACUUCACGUACAUUCACUGCACUGCUAUUUCGUCCGGGCAGGCGACCCCAAGGUGCCCGUGCUGUACCAGGUGGAGCGCACGCGCUCCGGGACCAGCUUCUCGGUGCGCGCCGUGAAGGCCGUGCAGCACGGCAAGCCCAUCUUCAUCUGCCAGGCGUCCUUCCAGCUGGCGCAGCCCAGCCCCCUGCAGCACCAGUUCUCCAUGCCCGCCGUGCCCCCGCCCGAGGAGCUGCUGGACCAGAAGGUCCUGAUGGACCGGUACCUCAGUGACCCUAACCAAGAGAAGUACCGAGUGGGCUUGAACCGGAUGGCAGCUCAGGAGGUGCCCAUUGAGAUCCGGGUGGUCAGCCCACCCGCGCUGAGACAGCUGCAGGACCCGGAGCCCAAACAGAUGUUUUGGGUGCGUGCUCGUGGCCAUAUCGGGCAGGGGGACAUCAAGAUGCACUGCUGCGUGGCCGCCUACAUCUCUGACUACGCCUUCCUGGGCACCGCGCUGCUGCCCCAUGACGCCCACUACAACCUGCGCUUCAUGGCCUCCCUGGACCACUCCAUGUGGUUCCACGCCCCCUUCCGAGCUGACCACUGGAUGCUGUAUGAGUGCGAGAGCCCCUGGGCUGGUGGCUGCCGGGGCCUGGUUCAGGGCCGGCUGUGGCGUCGGGACGGGGUCCUGGCUGUAUCCUGUGCCCAGGAGGGCGUGAUCCGAGUGGUGCCCAGGGUCGCCGAGAGCAAACUGUAGCUGAGGGACCUGCGUGGCCUGGGGCUUCGGGGACUUCCCUCUGGCCCAUUUGGGGGGCCUGGAGCUCGUGGCAGGGGCUGUGCCUC